AUGCCUGAGGCGCAACCCACAAAGUACGAGGCUUGGUGGGAGAGACCAAGCGCUCUUGCCACCUCACACAUACUCGUGCGCCAGACACCACCACGUUCGCGCAACCAGCAUCCUACACCCACGCAAACACAUAGAGGCAACCCCAUACUGCGCCAGAUAAUCGCAGACAAGCGCAAAGAAUUGCACUCGGACGCCAACUUGCGACGAGCCUGGGAAGCCCGAGACAAGACCGAGGCAGCGCUACGUCGCAAGCACGGCUUGGGCGACAUGCCCAUCAACAAAGAUUUCUGGGACUACCCGAUCUCUGGCUACUUUAGUCGCCUUACCCAUCAGAACAACAGAGAAAUGGUGCGUUCAGCGGAACGGCGCGCGCGCGGUAACACAACGCGUCCCAGACCGCCGCGCAGCUCACUGUCCUAUUCGGAAACGACGGACGACGUGGAAGUCGAACCAGGCUUUGAAGAGACACUGAAAGAGAAGGAAGAGCGCGAGGAAUGGGAGCGACAGGUCCGAAAAGUCGCAAGCGAAGUUGGAUACCUUUAUUUCGUCGGCGGUGGCAACAACCUUUUGGAAUCGUGGGAAGAAGAUUACGAGCGGAGUGCCGAUUAUCUCAUUACGAGGAACGAGACUCCUGUAGCGGAAACGGCGAAUGAGGGCGAUGUCCAGGAUGGGAGUGAGACAACGGAUGGAGAUGCCAACGAGGAGGAUUGGGGUGAUGAAAUGGAUGUCGAUGACGUUUAG